AUCUCUCGAGUAUUUUUAUUCUUAAAAAAACUUGGUUAUAUUGCAAUAUAGCAUAUUUCCUUUUUGUUGAAAGCUCGAUUUCGCUGGCAUUUUGUUUGCCUUUCGUGAUCUUCACUUUUCGCGCGUGUAUUUUAUUUUUUCAAUCUCUUGGUUUUCCUUUGUUUGAUUGUACCUCUUUCCAUCGAAUAUCAGGAGUGCAAGUGCGAAGAUUCCACAACAACGAUUAACUUGUAGAGCAAGUGAAAGGAGGAGAGAGGCUGAACGGCGGACAUAAUGUCGUCGUCGAGCGGGAAGUUCGCGUCCGAUGAGACGCUUGGAGAGUCGUGGGUGGUGUGCCCGACGCCGGUCGAUCGCCGCACGCCACUGUCCUUCCAGUCUGCACCCGAGGAGUACCUGCGACUGCUGAGGGACGCGCAGAGGGACUCCACUCACUCGUCGGCGAGGCACUCGCUCGCCUCCUCGAGGAGGGACACGCCGCGCGACAGUCCGAAGAGUCCUCCGAACAGUCCGAACACGGAAUUGGCAACCGAAGAUGAACUCAAAGGAGUCUACAUCAAUUAUACAAACAAGGAUGCGGACCCUGACAAAGACUGGCUGUACGAGUGGAACGUCAAGUCAGAGCCCAGCGGACCUAAGGCCUGGAAGCUGAAGCAGGCAUUGGGCGUGAACAGGCGGAAAAUGUUUAGCGUAAGGACUGCCAAAGUUGGCAAGAAUGGACUUUUCUCCAAGGAAGUUCUUUACACUCUCCUGCUCACCAACAUACUCUCGCUCCUCAUUGGCACUGGCAUUGGCGUCUGGUUGACCAGGCGAGGACUGAUGAUGUCACGCGUGUCAAUCGAAUGAAAGAAACAGCCUGACCUCGAGCAAGUGCGCCAAAUUUCUCGCUAGGCCACACGAACAUCUCAUCUAUCAGCUUUAAGAUCGACCAAGACUUUGCAAUUUUGUACUUUGAUAUCGCGAUGGCAAUGUCGAUUAUAGGAUUUUUAUAAAAAUAAGAUGCACCUUUUCGAUGCUAUAUAUUCUUGGCGACUUUGUAUGUAGAUUAGAAUGAGUUUGAGAAUCUAUUUUUUUUUUCCGGUAAUUGCUAAGGUAGAUGAUGUUCGUUCGCAUUGAGAGAAACUUGAAAAGAGAAAUCGUUGGCUCACAUUCUAAUAUUUGUAGCGAAGACUGAACGCAACAGUAAAUGAAAAUGCUUUAUUUGAGAGUACUAGAUUCCCUCAAAAGGUUUGCGCACUAAAUAUUAUUGAUACGCGACAACACUUUUGAAAGCAUAUUAAAAGUCUACGUUAUAUGAUAAUGGAAAAAUAAUGAAAAAAAAAGAAAAAAAUUGAUAUAAUAUCUUUUGUAUAUUUUGUUAUUUCUAUCUCUUUGCCUUGUCAUACAUACAGUGUCAUUCUCUUAAGCGCUAAUGACUUAAGCAUUCAUGUAAGUUGAUAUUUAGUGAGAAAGAAAAAUGUAUAAAACAAAAGAUAAAAAAAAUACGCAAAUAACAUUUUGAGAGAGAUAAAAGACAGGAUUUUUAUCAAGGACCAGAGUAGUCGUGAUAACAGGCAGAGUUAUGUUAUCAUAGAGCCUGCCGAGACGUGCAAAAUAAAGUUUAAAAAUGAUUUUUAAAAUUACGAAUACACUUGUCCAUUUUAUACUGUUUCUAAUACGUUUCUAUCUGCGAUAGUUCUUAGAAAAUAGCUUGCAUAGUAUUUAUCUCUAUAUUAUCUACCGAUAGAUGGGGGCACUGGAGUCGUAUCAAAAGGGAAAGAACCUUAUAUUGAAAUAAUAAGGGAUGUUACAAAGUCUGUCGUAUAUUUGAGCGAUCCGAUUCACUUUAAAGUAUGAAAAUAUGUGUAAUUCAUAAUAUUGUAACAUUUAAUAAUAUUUCAAAAUAAGGAAAGGAAAGAUAAAGGACGAGAUGACGAUAAAGAGCGGAGGAUUCGAGUGGAAUUUAAACAAGUAAAUGUAUGUAGCAUCAACAGAAUUUGUAAUCGCUGUGCAAGGUUGAACGAAUCUCCUUAUAAACGACAAGGAGAAUCUACUGGUAAAAGUCCAGUGUUUUUAGAUUUUAUUGUCGAUUAAAUUAGCCCAUUUAUUGAAAAAAAAAGUUACUCUAUUAAAACAAAUUAAGCUUCGUUUUUUCGGUAUAACUUUCCUUACACAGUGAAAUUUGACGAUUUACACACUGAAUAAUCCUCCGAUUGACAGUUUCUCGUCCACUUUGAGUGAAUGUCAAUUGUACCUGUUCAAUUCAGUUUUGGGCGACGACAACGUUGAAGCAAAUAGUGCUCAUAAAAUGAAAAUGUAAAUACAAUGCUAUUCUCGAAAGUUAAAUUUGUUUGAGAAGAUAAAUUGAAGAAAAACAUAGAAAGACGGAAAAGAGAUUUUGUUUUAUCUGUGACUCGAUGCAAUUACUUGUUUUACGUAUAGAUAAUUUUUUUUAAUUUUAAUUGAGUUUGAUUUAAGAUUUUUAAGAAACAAAAAAGAUAAUUUAAUUUCUAUUGCAGACAAGAAAUACAGAUAUGCUACGCGUAUCUACCUAGUAAUACAUGUUUAAUUUGUAACAAUGGAUGUACGUAUAUUUAUAGUGAUAAAACUAACUAUAUAACAAUAUCAUUUAAAAAUACAGUUACAUUACGAUCAUUUUUCUUUCUCGUAAAACAAAUGAUGGUGUCAAGGUAAUUUUGUAAAACUCUUUCUCAAGACAAUUUGUUUUGUCUAUGAUUAAGAAUAAAAAAAAAUUAAUGUCAAUGAUUAUGAAUAAAUUGAAAUAAAGAAUUGAUAAAUCGA